AUGACGGCGCGCGAACGCGGGAAUCCCCUCAACGCGGGCGUGCGAGUGCGAGAAGCAAGCGAGGUUGCAAGCGAGGCUGCGACAGCCAGAAUCCUCAAAACCGAGAUCUCCGCAGGAAGCGGGAAUGAGAACAUGGGCGUGGGGGUGGGGGUGGAUGUGGGUGAUGGGGGCGGCGGGGUUGGGGCGGUGGACGCAAGUGUCCACGUGGCAACGCAGAUCAAGGUGUCGGGCGUGAGCGUCCCCGUCAGCUUCGACGCCCUCCGCUGCUUCAGCCUUCCCCGGGCGGCGCGCAAGGCGGCGGGUGACGUGCAGGUGUGGUGGCACGGGCUCACGGGCGGCGGCAGGGGCGGCGGCAGCAAGAGCGGCGGUGGUUCGCGUGGGAAGGGUGGAGGUGCGGCGUGCAAGCAGCUGCGGUUCUUUGCCAACCCGGCCUGCAAGGGCAAGGCGCUGGAUGAGGUGCUGCAGCCGCAGUUUGCUGCUCUAAGGAGAUUCUUCCACGUGCCCAGCUCAAAGAAGGUUGCCCGAUGGACUUCCGUCUCCUGCAAGUGUGGUGCGUGCCUUGCCUCCCUGCCUUCCUGCUUCCCUGCCUCCUUGCCUCCUUGCCUCCUUGCCUCCUUGCCUCCUUGCCUCCCCACCUCCUUGCCUCCUUGGCUCCCCGCCUCAUUUCCCUGCCUCGUUGCUUUGCACGCAUUGCUUGAUUCUCCUCGCCGCAUAUUGUCGUACCCCUGUGUUGGUCUUACCCGCCGCGCUGCACACAUCUCACCCCACGUGUCUCUGUGCUACCCACGUGUCUCUGUGCUACCCACGUGGCUCUCUUCUCAUCUCACCCCAUGCUGCCAGAAAUCACCUGCCAGCACGCCACGUGCAUGCCAACGACUGACAGCAAGGGCGUCACGUGUCUCUGUGCUACCCAUGACUCUCUUAUCCCGUGCUGGCUCCCCUCCCAUUGCAGAAAUCACCUGCCAGCACGCCACGUGUCCAGCCAACUCCACGUGCAUGCCAACGACUGACAGCAAGGGCGUCACCUGUCAAUGCAACCAGGGAUUUACUGCCGUCAAUGGCACCUGCCAAGGUGCCUCAAAACUUGGCUAUGAGUUGACUCAAAAGUCAAUUCUGUUUAGCAUCGGUGACUUGCUGGCCCCACAGAAUCACCCUGUGGCACAUGCCCCUAUGCUUGCCCACGUGCCCCUAUCCUUGCCCACGUGCCCCUAUGCUUGCCCACGUGCCCCUAUGCUUGCCCACGUGCCCCUAUGCUUGCCCACGUGCCCCUAUGCUUGCCCACGUGCCCCUAUGCUUGCCCACGUGCCCCUAUCCUUGCCCACGUGCCCCUAUGCUUGCCCACGUGCCCCUAUGCUUGCCCACGUGCCCCUAUGCUUGCCCACGUGCCCCUAUGCUUGCCCACGUGCCCCUAUGCUUGCCCACGUGCCCCUAUGCUUGCCCACGUGCCCCUAUGCUUGCCCACGUGCCCCUAUGCUUGCCCACGUGCCCCUAUGCUUGCCCACGUGCCCCUAUGCUUGCCCACGUGCCCCUAUGCUUGCCCACGUGCCCCUAUUCUUGCCCACGUGCCCCUAUGCUUGCCCACGUGCCCCUAUGCUUGCCCACGUGCCCCUAUGCUUGCCCACGUGCCCCUAUGCUUGCCCACGUGCCCCUAUGCUUGCCCACGUGCCCCUAUGCUUGCCCACGUGCCCCUAUGCUUGCCCACGUGCCCCUAUGCUUGCCCACGUGCCCCUAUGCUUGCCCACGUGCCCCUAUGCUUGCCCACGUGCCCCUAUGCUUGCCCACGUGCCCCUAUGCUUGCCCACGUGCCCCUAUGCUUGCCCACGUGCCCCUAUGCUUGCCCACGUGCCCCUAUGCUUGCCCACGUGCCCCUAUGCUUGCCCACGUGCCCCUAUGCUUGCCCACGUGCCCCUAUGCUUGCCCACGUGCCCCUAUGCUUGCCCACGUGCCCCUAUGCUUGCCCACGUGCCCCUAUGCUUGCCCACGUGCCCCUAUGCUUGCCCACGUGCCCCUAUGCUUGCCCACGUGCCCCUAUGCUUGCCCACGUGCCCCUAUGCUUGCCCACGUGCCCCUAUGCUUGCCCACGUGCCCCUAUGCUUGCCCACGUGCCCCUAUGCUUGCCCACGUGCCCCUAUGCUUGCCCACGUGCCCCUAUGCUUGCCCACGUGCCCCUAUGCUUGCCCACGUGCCCCUAUGCUUGCCCACGUGCCCCUCUGCUUGCCCACGUGCCCUCUGCUUGCCCACGUGCCCUCUGCUUGCCCACGUGCCCCUCUGCUUGCUGUGUUGCUCAGAAUCACCCUGUGGCACAUGCCCCACUGGAGCCACCUGCAAGACCAUCCAUACCUCUUACCUUUUGGCAUCUCUUUGCCAUGCCCUGUAUGCCCCUCUGCUUGUUGUGUUGCUCAGAAUCACCCUGUGGCACAUGCCCCUCUUUAG